GUUUCUCCGUCUAGGUUGGGUAAGCUCCUUGGACUUCAAGAAGUAGGACAGUUGUUAGACCCACCCGCUUUGCUCUCACAUGGUCCCUAAUGACAAAGGUGACAGAUGGGAGUUGCCCCCUAACUCCAGGGUAAGGUCCUGUUCUCUGACCUCUCUCCACCUAUGGUAUAUCAGGUCCUCUCCUCUACCCUGGGCUCUGUUCAUUUCUCCAAUGGGGCGCUAAGGAACAAGCUUUGCCCACUUCUCCUUUUGUGCCUUCCUGCCCACGCUACCCCCAAGGUUUUGGUUCCAGUUUUUUUCCCUUCUGUUUAGAAACUACCUCUGGACAGUUGUGUUGUUCUUUUGUUCAGUGUUCAUUCUUAGAUACCCACCAUUGCUGCUACUGCUAGUGUGUUCAUCCUCCCUUCGGAAUGUAUUCUCGCCUUCAAGACACUCAGGAAAGCAUGGCUGAGGGGCAGCAGGACUGUCUAACUUUUGAGGAUGUGGCUGUGAACUUCACUUUGGAGGAGUGGGAUUUGCUGGAUCCUUCCCAGAAGCAACUCUACACAGAUGUGAUGCAGGAAACCUUCAAAAACCUAAUUGCUAUAGGACAAAUUGAGGAAAGCCAGAGGAGUAAAGAUGAUGAAGAUUCUAGGAGAAAUCUAAGACGUGGACUGGUGGAAUUCUUGUAUAAACCCAAUGAAGGUAGACAAUGUGAAGAAAUCUUCAGCGAGUUUCCAGAUACUGUUAUGAACAAGAAAACUUCUCGUGGAGUAAGACUGUGUGAAAGUAAUUUAUGUGAAGACAUUCUUAUUGGUCUCCCACCCCUAAAUAUGCAUAUACCUGUUCAGCCAGGACAUAAACGAUAUGAAUAUGAGGUAUAUGAAGACAGUCUCUAUAAAUUUAGGGAGUGUGGGAAGGCCUUCAUGUAUCCCGAAUGCUAUCUGAAACAUGAGAAUCCUCACACCAUGGAGAAACCGUAUAAAUGUCAUCAGUGUGGGAAAGCCUUUUCUUCUUCAAGUAAGGUUCGCAGACAUGAAAGAACUCAUACUGGUGAAAAGCCCUACCUGUGUAACCACUGUGGAAAAGCCUUCCCUAGUCGGGGUUCCCUCCGACGUCAUGACAGGAUUCACAGCGGAGAGAAGCCCUUUGUGUGUAAGUACUGUGGGAAAGCUUUCACUGGUCAAAGUUCCCUUCCACGCCAUGAAAGAAUUCACAGUGGAGAGAAGCCCUAUGUGUGCAAGUACUGUGGCAAAUGCUUCAUUUCUUCAAGUACCUGUCGAGUACAUGAACGGACUCACACUGGAGAGAAACUCUAUGUUUGUAACCUGUGUAAUAAAGCUGUCACUACUCGUACUUCCCUUCGAAAUCAUGAAAGAAUUCACAGUGGCGAGAAACCCUAUGUCUGUGAACAAUGUGGAAAAGGUUUCAUCUCUUCCGGAACUUUUCGGAUACAUGAACGGAUUCACACUGGAGAGAAGCCCUAUCGAUGCAAGGAAUGUGGUAAAGCCUUCACUAUCCAGAGUUCCCUUCAGCGCCAUGAAAGGAUCCACACUAGGGAAAAGCCCUAUGACUGUAAGGAAUGUGGGAAAGCGUUCAGUGGGUACAGCUCCCUUCGACGCCAUGAAAGGAUACACAGUGGAGAAAGGCCCUAUGCAUGCAAGCAGUGUGGGAAGGCCUUCCCUGCUUUGGGCGACUGUCAGAGACACGAACAGAUUCACACUGGUGAGAAGCCCUACGUAUGUAAGCAGUGUGGGAAAGCCUUCACUCGCUGUGGUUCCCUUAGAAUACAUGAGAAGACCCAUGCUAGAGAGAAUUCCUAAGUGUAAACUGCGGGAAGGACUCCUUAUUGCAUGCCCUUUCUGUAAAAAAAUGUUACAGUGUUUAGGGAAGAAAACAAGUAUCAGUAUAAAGUUAUGACGGCUACCACUAGUCAUAUUGUUAAAUUAACAAACAUAAAAGAACUAAGAAUGUACCUGAUAUCAAAACUUGCUCAGAAAGUUAACUGUAAGAAAUAGUUUUAAAAUUUCGUGAAAUUCCUCAGGUAGUAGAGACGCAUAAAUGUACAUUAUGAAAGGUCAACCCAAAGUGAUUUAUGUAGAAUGCUCCAACAAUUACAUCACCUGAAGGAAAAUGUCCUAAAAUUAUACUACACUGAUGAGUUUAUUACUAAAAGAGAUAUUUGAACUAUUUAUUUCAAGUUUAACUUUUGUAAAUAAAUGGUGGCAUGACAUAAUUGUAUGACGUUUGCUUAAACAAUGGAGCAAGAAUAUCUUUUUUUUUUUUUACCCUGUUCCCUACCAUUCUGAAGAAUUUUGGCUGUUUGAAUAGUGGAAUGGCUUUUGAGAUGUACUUAUAGCAAGUAUCUUAACAAAUGAGUUGGCGCUAGCUCACAGUACUAGGACAAGAUUCUCCAGAAUGGUGGGAGUGCUCUAACUUGGCAUUUCAUACGAUACUGUUUCUCUUAUGGGUCCAGGAAUCUAGGAGCCUGGGGAUCAUUUCUAUAACUCACUAGCAAUUUUUUUUCAUGUUCUGUAGAUAACAUGGUUCCACCAGGAGGAACGCCCACCCAUUUCUUUGAACUGUAAACUAUGACACCCACACAUACCUGAUCCCACAUCCAUUUAGUCUGGGUUCCUUGUCCCUUGAGUUAACUAAAAAUUGUUAUUUUCACUGGAAUGACAGAUCCACAUGACCAGUGGGGAAUGAGACGAUGGAGAUGUUCUGAUUAUUUUUUUGUCUGCUUUACACAAGCUAGAGUUACCUGUAAGAGAAAACGUCAUUAGAUUGACCUGUAGGCAAGUCUAUGGUGGCAUUAUUUUGAUUAAUGAUGUAUGAGACAGGGCUACUGUGGGUAGUGCCACUCCUGGGUAGGUGGCCCUGUGCUGUAUAAGAAAGCAGGCUGAGUGAGCUAUGAGGAGCAAGCCAAGGUCUUCCUCUAUGGUCUCUUCUUCAGAUCCUACUUCCAAGUUCUAAGUUCCUGCCUUGAGAUUCUUCUACCCUGGCUUCUCUUGGGGUUGGAAUAAAAAGUGUAAUUAGAGAAAAUUAGGAAAAAAUCCUUUUUUUCCUCAAGUUGAUUUUGAUCAGUGUUUUAGCAACAACAACAACAACAACAACAAAUCAAACUAGGACACAAGGAAAGGAAAUCUAUUCCUAGAUUUCCUUAUUUUUGCCAUGUCUGGUGAUUAAAACCCAUGGGAAGCUACAACUCAGUCCAAACAGGAUAAUAAAUGGCUCAGAAUUGAAGUGUGAAUCACUUCUCAGGGUAAAGGACUGGUUCAUUUGGGUGUAUGAUGAUGUUUUGUUUACUUACAAUGUUUUUAUACUAAAAUUUAUUUUAAAUAAAAAUUAAAAAAUCAAGAUGCUUAGUGCUUGCUGAAGAGGAAGAAAUACAAAGUGACAUCAGAAGGUACUUAUAAAUAUCACAUGCCUGUGGGUUCCGUUAGAGAAGUGAGGGUUCUAAUUAUAUCGGCUCUUAUUUUAUUUUUAUUUUUUCCUGUUUUUUAAUUCAAUAUCUUUUUUAUUUACAUUUCAAAUGAUUUCUCCUUUUCUGGCCCCCCACGGCUCUUAUUUUAUUAAGAGCAUAUAUGUUGGGCUGGGUGUGAUGGCUUUAUUCCUUUAAUCCCAGCAUUCAGGAGGCAAAGGCAAAUGAGUCUGUUAGUUCAAGACCAACUUGGUUGAUGUAGUGAGUUCCAGAACAGCCGGGGUGCAUAGGGAGACCCUGACUCA